AUGGCUGACACCGAGCCCAAGCCCGUCGAGGCCACCGAGGAGUCGCACGACCCCCAGUUCGAGCCCGUGAUCCGCCUCACCGAGACCGUCGCCGCUUCGACCCACGAGGAGAACGAGGACGUCCUCUUCAAGAUGCGCGCCAAGCUCUUCCGUUUCCACAAGGAGGACACCGAGUGGAAGGAGCGUGGUACCGGUGACGUUCGUCUCCUCGCCGCCAAGGACACCGGCAAGGUCCGUCUCGUCAUGCGCCGGGAUAAGACUCUCAAGGUCUGCGCCAACCACAUCGUCUCCAAGGACAUGACCCUCUCGCCCAACGUCGGCUCUGACCGCUCGUGGGUCUGGAACGUCACCGCCGACUUUGCUGAGGGCACCGCCUCGGCUGAGACCCUCGCCAUCCGCUUCGCCAACUCGGAGAACGCCGGUCUCUUCAAGAAGGCGUUCGAGGACGCCCAGGAGGCCAACGAGAAGCUCAAGGGUGACAAGCCCGCUGAGGACGUCACCUCGACCGACGUCGACGAGGAGGAGGCCAAGGAGGAGGCCAAGGAGGAGGCCAAGGAGGAGGCUAAGCCCGCCGAGGAGGAGGCCAAGCCCGAGGCUGAGGAGAAGAAGGCCGAGUAG